AUGCCCGGCUCAACGCACUCCCUCUCCUCGUCCACCGUGCACGAAAAGGCACCCGCGCCUUCAGCAGGCACAGACGAGAAGAACCAGUACAGGCCCUCCCGCAGCGCCUCGCAGAGCUCCAAGGCCGCCGAGGCCCUGCCCUACUACACCAGCUCGGAGCGGGAUCUGGAGCGCGGGGCCGUCGUCGCCGCAGUCGACGAGGACGACAACUACAGCUCCUCAGAAAAGCGGCCGGCCGGGGCGGCGGUGCAGCAGCCCGGCGAUGCCAAGCCCGGACAGGGCCCACCACCUCCGGCCGGCGGCCCGCCCGGCGCGGACUUCCCGGACGGCGGGGUCGAGGCAUGGCUCGUGGUGCUGGGCGGGUGGUGCGCGCUCUUCUGCACGUUCGGGCUGGUCAACUGCGUGGGCGUCUUCGAGCAGUACUAUGUCAACGGCCCGCUGCGGCAGUACUCGAGCUCGACGGUCAGCUGGAUCCUGUCGGUGCAGGUCUGGACCAUGGUGUUCAGCGGGACCGUCUUCGGGCGCCUCUUCGACAACUACGGCCCGCGGUGGCUGCUCUGGGGCGGCACCGUGGCCUACGUCUUCGGGCUCAUGAUGGUGUCGCUGUCGAGCGAGUACUACCAGUUCUUCCUGGCGCAGGCCGUCGUCUCGUCCGUGGGGUCCAGCGCCGUCUUCAACGCGUGCAUGUCCUCGCUCGUCAGCUGGUUCUCCAAGAACCGCUCCGCCGCGUUUGGCGUCAUGGUCUCGGGCUCGUCCGUCGGCGGCGUGGUGCUGCCCAUCAUGAUGAACAAGCUGAUUGAGCGCAUCGGGUUCCCCUGGAUGAUGCGCGCCAUGGCCUUCAUGUUCCUCGGCCUGCUCAUCUUUGCUUCCCUCACCGUCAAGGCCAGGCUGCCGCCCAAGCCGCGCCCCUUUAAGCUCAUGGAGUAUGUCAACAACUUGAGGGACGUGCGCCUGCUCGUCACCAUCAUCGGCUUCUUCUUCUUCAUGUGGGGCAUGUUCCUGCCCUUCAACUACGUCCUGCUACAGGCCGAGGCGGCGGGCACGUCGCCGACCCUGAUCCCGUACCUGCUGCCCAUUCUCAAUGCCGUGAGCAUCUUUGGGCGCAUCAUCCCCGGCAUCGUCGCGGACAAGCUGGGCCGCUACAACGUCAUGGUCAUCAUCACCUUCAUCUCGGCCCUCUUCUGCCUGGCCGUGUGGACGCCCGUCAAGAACACGGCGGGCAUCCUCGUCUUCAUGAUCAUCUUUGGCUUCUCGUCGGGCGGCUUCAUCUCGCUGGGCCCGACGUGCAUCGCCCAAAUCUCCGACAUCCGCGAGAUCGGCACCCGCGUCGGCACAGCCUUCGCCAUCCAGUCCUUUGGCGCCCUGACCGGCAGCCCCAUCGCUGGCGCCAUCGUCCAGGCCCAGCACGGCAGCUACCUGGGACUGCAGCUGUUCUGCGGCUUCUCCAUGCUGGCGGGGUCGAUUGUCCUGCUCGGCGCGCGGUUCACGCAGGUCGGCCUGAAGCUGGUCAAAGUGUAG